AUGGAAAAUACUCAAAACUACUUAACCGAAGUAAAAUAUCAAACAAACAUCGACCAUUCGUCGAUACCGUCGGAUCCUCCACCACCGUUUUCCGGAUCUGGCUCAACACAAAUUCAGUCCUCGCAACCACCGUUAGUGGGAUCUGGUCCACCAAUUCAGUCCUCACAACAAGUAUUCUCCAAUCAACUCGUACAACAACAAGUUUCUCCUAUUCAGUCUUCAAUGCCACAACCUUAUUCCUAUCAAUCCGCACCUCAACAAGUUUUCCCCAAUCAAUUUCCACAAGGGCAACAACAAUACGCUCAGCAGGUUAAUCACGCUCAAUAUUCACAAAAGCAACAACCACAAGUCCCUCAAACCACGUAUCAACAGGCAAACACGGGAUUUUAUCCAACUCAACAACAGACGAGAGGCAUUCCAAACCAACAACAGACAAGCGCUUUACCUCAAGAACAAGUCGUUUAUGUAGUGCAACCACCACCUCCUCCCGUGAUGGUAAUGAAUCCGAAUCAAGGAUAUCUUAACAUUACUUCUCAUAUACCAGUGAGAGUAACUUGUCCGCAUUGCAAUAAUAGCGUAGUUACGAUUGUAACCGAAGAUCUUGGAUCAACAGCAUGGAUUAUUGCUAUAAUUUUAUGCUUAGUAUUUUGGCCACUUGUUUGGAUACCUUGUGUUAUAUCUAGUUUUAAGGAUAAAACUCAUACUUGUCCAAAUUGUAGACUUGUUUUGGGUGUUGUUAAAGCUUAA